UUGUAUUGCAUCAUUCGUAAACGAAACUGCAGACGUGAAACGUGCGACGUGUCGUGCGGAUGGUACAGAGUACAAAUUAGUGAUUAUUUCCAAAAAAAAAAUAUUUAUAAAACUAUAUACGAAUUGAAAGUGUUCGGUGAAAAGUUGUGUUGAGUGAUGUUUCAGAUGCUUGUGAAAUUCAUAUAAGCGCAAAAUAUUGGAAAAAAAAUUUAUUAAAAACGCAAAGAAAAAUAUUUAUGCCAAGUUCCUGGUGUAGAAAAGUGUUCUGUGAUUUGUGCCUUUACAACAGUUGCCAUGGAUAAAGUCAACUAUAGCAAAUGUCCGCUCAAGAAGCGUCCAAUAAUGCUGUUGGAGCAGGAGGAGCAGCAACCAGAACGCAUGGAUUGCUUAGAUCAAGAUGAAGGCCCUGUUGAUCUCAGUCUCGCCGCUGGCGUAGCGCCCGCGUACAAACCAACUUCGUCGCCACCACCAGCGCCAGCGCCCACCACCUACGCUGAGACCUAUCAAUUUACGCAGGACAAUGCAGAACAGCAUACACCAACACCGCCACCAUCAGAGAAAUCUGUCGGUGUUUUUACACAGAAUAAAGAGGAGCUGGCGCGACGCAUCUGGGAGGAGACGCGAGAGAUUGCGCGUGCCUUUCCCGAUGUGUUUACGCGUGAGGAAAUCGCACGCAGUUUAGCGCGCUUGGGUUACGGCGAUUUUCCGCUGCCGCCAGAGGACGAAGUUUGCGGUAAAGAGGAAACAGAGCCCAGACCAGAGGCACAGCGACAACCGCAGUAUGAUGGCAUAACGCCGCCACCAACAACAGCGGAGCCGGAAUUUGCGGCGCUUGAAAUCAAGCAGGAGAUAAUUGAAGUUGAAAAUUAUGUGCCCGCAGCGGAACUAAGAAACUACAAUAACAAUUUGCUGAAAAGCAUUGCUGAGUAUGAAGACUGCGUGCAAACGCCAGCUUAUGGCAUGCAAGCAGAGCAGUUGCCACCACAACAGCAGCAACAGCAUUUGACAGCAGUGCCACAGACCAUGCCACAAGCGGAGAACUUCUACUAUCAAACCGAGCGCCGCGAUUUUGAGCCACAGGAUUUGAGCGUGAAGACUGAUAUGCCAGCGCGACGAGUGCUUGGUGAGAAUAUCAAUCUGCAUAAUGUUGCGCGUGCGUUGCUGAGCAUGCAGCAAAUCGGGAAUAAUAAUAACAACAACAACAAUAUUGUGCAGCAUGAAGAGCGCCGCACCGCGGACUCACCAAACGCAAACACGCUGAAGAUCAAGACCAACAACGAUCUCUACUAUCAGUGCCAGCAAUGCAACAAAUGCUACUCCACCUACGCCGGCCUGGUGAAACAUCAGCAAACACACGCGUUCGAGAGCACCGAAUACAAGAUCAUACGCAGCGUGAAUAGCGCCGAAGCGCCAGGCGCGCUCGAAGCCGCUGGUGAAUUCUCCAGCGAUAAGGCAGCGGCACUAAUACACUCCUCCAGCGUGGCGUCUGCGCAGUCUGCGCAAAAGCCUGUCGGUGUGCCGCGCUAUCACUGCAAGGAUUGCGGCAAAUCAUACUCCACAUACUCGGGCCUGAGCAAGCAUCAGCAAUUUCAUUGUCCCGCCGCCGAGGGCAAUCAGGUGAAGAAGGUUUUCAAUUGCAAGAAUUGCGACAAGACCUACGUCUCACUGGGCGCACUCAAAAUGCACAUACGCACACACACGCUACCCUGCAAAUGCCCCAUCUGCGGCAAAGCCUUCUCACGCCCGUGGCUGCUGCAGGGCCACAUACGCACCCAUACCGGCGAAAAGCCCUUUAGCUGCCAGCACUGCAAUCGCGCCUUUGCCGAUCGCUCGAAUUUGCGCGCACACAUGCAAACGCAUUCGGAUGUGAAGAAAUACUCGUGCCCCUCGUGCACGAAGUCUUUCUCGCGCAUCUCCUUAUUGGGCAAGCACUUGCAAGGCGGCUGCCAGCAAUCACCGCACUCAGGAUCGCCAACUUCGUCGACAGAGAAUUUGGCAGCGUUCGCCGCGUCUGCUACAACAGCUGGGCAAGUAGGUGAGGGUGGCUUCAGUCAACAGCAGCUGCAACAGCACAUGCAGCGACUGCAACAAGGCGCCUACAAUGAUGAGAAUAUCCCUGCCGAACGCCAACAGCCGUCUGCUUACUAUUAUGCCGACAGUUUGGGUAGCAGUGGUGGUGAUGAGGAGGAGUUGGAGGAAAUGCAUUACAGCAGCAGCACGACGCCACCGCCAACAGCGCAGUCAGCGCAAGCGCAAACACAGCAGGCUAUGGCGCUGAUGGCGGCGCAUGGCGGUGAAUACUAGUGGUGUAGCGAUGCCGAGAGGCUUGUGUAGCCGAAAUUUGUAUGUAGGUAUUGUAAAAGGAUACUCAUAAUUUAGUUUUUUAGUAUUUAAUUGUAAUUUAAAGAUUUCAAGCAGGUUAGGAACUCAGGAAUUAGUUUGUAAUCUUAUGGGGAUACCAAAAAAUAUGCAACAGUGCCAAAAAUUAGCGGUAGGGUAUGACAGGGUCGCAUGUUAGUGUAGGUAUGGGGUUGUGACAGACUAUAUUAGGUAGGUAUUUAUUUUUAGUUUUAAUAUAAUAACUUAUUUAUUUAUUUAUUUAUUUAAUUAAUUAAUUAUUUAUUUAUCUAUAUAUUUAUUUAUUUAUUUAUUUUAACUUAUUUAUCUAUUUAUUUAUUUAUUGUAUUUAUUUAUAUGUCCUAUAACCAAAUUCGCAACAUUUAGCGGUAAAAUUCAAAUCCAAAAAAAAAUUAAAAAAAAUAGUAUUCAAAACUCUAAUGAAAUAAUUGCAACUAAAAAUAUUUUCUAGCAAAUUUAAAUGAAAAAUUUAAUUUAAUUAAUUAAUUUAUUAAUAAAUUAAGGAAAUUAUUUAUUUAUUUAUUUUUCAAUAAUUUAUUUUAUUCUAAGCUAAAUAUUUAAUUUAUUUUAUUUUAAGGCAACUAAAAGCGCUCGCUUCAAAAACGGGUAAUUCUUUCAGUCGGUUGUCUAGUCAAUCACCUAGUUUUAUUUAAGUUAUGAUAUUUUAGUAUAAAUUAAUAUUAUUUAUAUAUUUUAGUUUAUUUUUACUAUAUUUUUGAAAAUAAAAUAUCGGAAAUACUGGGUAGUACAUACCAGCAUUUACGAUAAUUAGGACAAACGUUCCAACAGUGAAUUCAUUAAGUGUCAUAUAAUUAGGUUUAAAGCUUAGAGUAGGAAACUAGUAAGAUAAACUAAAAAUGGUAAAGGGUAGAAAUACAAAAAAAAAAAAAUAAAAAUAAAAAAAAUUAAUAAUUAUAAAAAAAAAUAAUUUUCUGAAACAGGUAUAGAAAAUAAACAGGUUUAGAAAAAAUAUUU